UUAAAUAAGAGAGUAAACCCUUACUCCCUAUGUCUACUUGGGGACGAUGAUACUCCCGUUUACUGAUGCUUUCACACUUCAGCUUCCAACAGCCGUAACUUCCAUCGCACCUGCAACCUUCAGUCGGUAGCUUAAGCUAGCAGCAAUCGUUUUUUUUUGCAACCGAACAGAAUGAUUUCUAGCUGAAUUUGGGUGGUUUAAACUAAUAAAUUUGCGGAAAAUAUAACGUUAUAUUUUGGAUUGAAGAAUAGGGGUGACUCUUUAUAUGCUCAUCUCACCAUGAACUCUGUAGAAAUGUCAGCCAAUGAUGGUUCCCAAGAUGUUUCAAAAUGUUUUGUUUUCAAGAGUCGUCUGCAAGAGUAUGUACAGAAAGUUGGACUUUCUACCCCAAUAUACGAGACCAUUAAAGAAGGACCACCCCAUGAACCUUCGUUUAGAUCCACUGUGAUCGUGAAUGGCGUUAGAUAUGAUUCUUUGUCGGGUUUCUUCAAUCGUAAAGCUGCAGAACAAUCAGCUGCUGAAGUUGCUUUGGUGGCAUUUGCCCAAAAUGAAGAUAAGAAUGACUGCAUCUCUCUUCCAGUGAAUGAGACAGGCUUGUGCAAAAAUCUCCUCCAAGAAUAUGCACAAAAGAUGAACUACGCGAUGCCAACCUAUUCAUGCAAGAAGUACGAAACACCUGCAAAAAUGAUUCUGUUUUCUUGUACUGUCGACAUUGGAGGUAUUAACUAUAUAGGAGCCGCAUCAAAGACAAAAAAAGAAGCAGAGAUUAAAGCUGCCAGAACUGCCCUAUUAGCUAUCCAAAUGAGUGAUGCAUCUGAAGCAUCCAGCGAGAGACCUUUUGUCAAUUCCAUGUACACAGUCCUUCCAUGCAGAAAGAAAGGAAAAGAUUUUGGAAUCAGUUCUCCCGAAAUCCCUAAUAUUCUCAAAAGCAAGAAAAAAAAAUUCAAAAAGAAACCUCCACGAAAGAGGCGGCCUGGACCGAAAAGCCAGAAGAAGCAAUUCCAGGAUGGAGGCAGUUUGGAUCAGUUUUCUUGUGGAGAGCCAAAUGGGACACAGUUACAGGUACCGAUUUCUUAUCAUGAAGGUAAUUCUGGAGUUCCUAACGAUGUAAUGCUCUCGUUUCACGGAGAUGGUCUGCCAACUUCUUUUCUCAAUGAGCAACAACUCCAACUCCAGGCGUUUCCAAACAAAGCUGAUUCUACCCAAGAAAUUGUGGCCGUAGAUACUAUCCCAUUCCAAGACAAUCACAAAGAUCCACCGGUUUGUAGUGAUUUGGAUACGGCACAAACACAAGUUAUUGUGGCCAUGGAUCCGAUCACAUUCCAAGACAAUCACAAAGAUCCACCUGUUUGUAGUGAUUUAGAUACAGCACAAACACAAGUUAUUGGGGAGUUGAGUUCAGUUUCGGCAUACGAGAAGAUUGAAGGGUAAGAAAUGAAUCCUUUUUUAAGGGUAUAUUUAUUUUUGGGGUAUAGAGGAGGAUAACAUGAUUUCUCCUUUACAUUAUAAAAAAGGGAACUAUUUGCUGUUUUGCUAUGGGUAUUAAUUAUUUGUAUUUGCUAGAACCGGAAUUAUGAAUCUUCCUUAUGUUAUAUUUGUGUUUUAAGCUAUGAACCAAGUUUGGAUGGAAUUAUGAAUUUAUUUUAUGCAUAUUUGAAGAUUUAGUGACAUAUGAAUAGUA